CUGCCCAGGUGUAUUUCUUGUAAAAGUUUGAACGGUUGACUGUAUGAAAAGAGAUGGAUCUCCUGACUAGAUACGUCGGUGGAGCCCCAACUAUCCACUUUCAACAAACCUACCUGACCUGAAUAUAAGGACAAAUCAUCCGACUCUACAAUGGCCAAACCGGGCCCGACUUCAUUCCACGCAGUCGUGGAAGCCUUGGAUACAGUUCCAAAGUCAAAUUCUUUGUACGACCAGGAACGAAUCACACAAUACCGGACUGGCGGCUAUCAUCCUACUCGGUUAGGCGACACGUUCAAAGAGGGCGGAUAUAGGAUCGUUCCCAAGCUCGGGUGGGGUGGCUUUGCGACGGUAUGGCUAGUCAGAGAUGAGAAGCUGGAAAAGUGGGCUUCGCUAAAAAUCUGCGAGGCGAGAGCUGAAACUGCACCGCGUGAGGUCUCAGUGCUCGAAGCGUUGAAGCAUUGUGGAGCGUCGGAAUAUAUCCUCGACGUUUUUGAUGUGUUUAUGCAUGGCGGUCCCAACGGUUCGCAUGUGUGCAUUGUGACCGAACUGCUUGGACCAUCCGUCCACUAUGUCCUGACCGACUAUGGCCAUGGUGGUGAUAAGUUGGACCGCGAAAUUAUCAUUCGCGUAGCGACGCAGAUCUUGCAAGGCAUCGCGCGAUUCACGAGGCUGGAUAUGCUCAUGGUGGUAAGCAAAUUAAAAUCGAGGAAUCAGCAGAACAAUGUUAAUGCCGUGCUCGGUCGUGUAGAUGUCAGCUGCGCAAAUGUUUGUUUCACUGCGUCAAACUUGGCGAAUCCGUCAGAGGAUGCACUUCUUGAUGUCAUUGGGACACCCGCAUCAGCAAUAGUAGUGCGAAAAGAUGGAUCGACUUUGGAGUCCAACCUGCCAAGCGAAGUUGUCCGAAGCGCUAGCUGGAAGGAGUGGGCAGAUGAACUCGAGGAAGACAUCCGACUCAUUGACUGGGGAGAGGCAUUCCCACUUGGAGAAGCCCCAUCUGGCCUUGCUCAGCCCCUCGACCUGAGCGCACCAGAAACCAUCUUCGCCGAUCAAUUCGACCACCGGAUAGAUCUCUGGAGGGCAGGUUGCGUAAUAUAUGCUCUGGUGUUCGGCAUCUAUCCAUUCUCAUUUAUUCUCAAGCAGAGUGAUCUCAUCGGGCAAAUGAUCGAAUUUGUAGGAAGGCUACCGUCAGAAUGGGAAGAGAAGGCGCAGGACUUAAUGAAGGAUUCUAAGCGCGCUUUUCCAUCCCCCGACCAGACGCUGCCGAGAUUGGACAGUCGAUUCUCAGAAUCGGCGGUCCAUCCAGACCUGCUGGGCCUACAGCCGAUCAUCAAAGGCUUGAUGAGGUUCCUGCCGUCCGAUCGAUUAACAGCGUGUGAGGCGCUGGAGCUACUCCCAGAAUAUGAGUACAGUGCGGACAGCGAGGACGAUGAGGACAGUGAGGACGGUCAAGAGCUGUGAAGUCAUCAAUGGCGUUCCAGCCCGCAAAUUUUCCUCAGAUAGCUUGCUUUGGUUCGUGGAUAUUAAUUCAAGUUCUUUGCUUGAAUGUCAACGUUGCUGGAGUUGCUCACUGGGCGUCUGCGCCUCUUCUAGGAAAUGGAGCAUCGUGACGACCGACGAUGAUUUACAGACGCGGACCUCUGGUUGCUGUCAUCUGUCUUCUUCGAUGACAAGCGAAACCUUCGCGUCUGGCGAACUCUCGCGAGACCUCGUCACAUCGCACCUGCUGGAAAUGGUGGUAGUAGUGUUGGGCUCGAUGGGAAUGCGCUUUUACAAUAGUGUUUGUUUUGGCUGAUGUACGUGUGCAUGCAGGGAUCGAAAUCGGACGGGGCACUCUGAUCUCUCAAUAAAAACGAAUCAACGCUCGCCAUCACCCGUAGAGUACGUGAAGCGGGCUGAGACCAUAAGAGGCGUCGGAAAGGCUG